AUGUCUUCAUCAUCAGGAGAGAAAGAAUUCAAACCAGUUACAGUUAAUAAACCUAUUCCAAACACAUAUGAUCUUGGAAAUUUAGCUACAUUUGAUCCAAAUCCUUUGGAUAAUUCAAUUCUAACCUCUAAUAAUGAAAAAGAAAAAGAAGAUUAUCUUACAUCAACAACUAGAGAUAAUGUACAAUUAUUAAUUAAUCAAAUUUUAUCAUUACCUGUUAAAACUACAACUGAAACUCAUGGAUCAUCAACAGGACAAAAUUCAACUAUGACAUUAAUUCAAUUACCUGAUGCAACAACAAUACUUCCAAGAGAAAAACCAAUUCCAAAGAAGAAACCAAUGACUAAAUGGGAACAAUUUGCUGCUAGAAAAGGUAUUAAACCAAAAGAAAAAUCUGGUAAAUUGGUAUUUGAUGAAAAUUCAGGUGAAUGGGUACCUAAAUGGGGUUAUAAAGGUAAAAAUAAACAAAUUGAUGAUCAAUGGUUAGUUGAAGUUGAUGAUAAAGUUAAAAAUACAAAUAAUGAAUUGAUUGAUCCAAGAACUUUAAGAAGAGCUGAAAGAAAGAAAUUAGUCAAGAAGAAUGAAUUACAACAUAAACGAAAUUUAAGAAAUCAAUUGAAAUAG